UUAUCUGACAUGCUAUUCGCGGACGCGUGUGUCAAUCACUUGUUUACUUUAAAUACUCAGUCCUACAUAGACCCAGACCUGAGAGCUUGGUGUUCGGGAAGGGAGAAAGGAACAAGAGACAAAAAGGAACAUGUAAAUGCUCUUUUAUCAGAAUUGAAUCUAAAUAAAAUACCCCAGCGAUGGAUGUGAGAGAUGGAGCGGCUGCGUGGGAAGCGCUGGCGAGCCGAGACUUGAGUUCCAGAGAUGCUGCCAUGGAGCACAUCGAGCAGGAGGUAAAGAUGAAGGUGGAGAGUAUAGGACCGAUCCCAAAAACAUCAUCAUCCUCAUUAUCUUCAUCAUUGCUGUCGUCAUGUCCCGGGAAGGCUCAAGAUCUUAACUGUGCCUUGGCUCGCGUCCUCAUGCUCUCCAAGAGGUGUCCUUAUGAAGAUGUGAGGGAAAGAUGCAUCUGGCUGCUCAGAGGCGUUCAGGACAUGGGAGUGCGAAUCCCCAGGCCACUGGGAAACGGACCAAGCAGAUUUAUCCCAGAGAAAGAGAUCCUUCAAGUCAGCAAAAUGGAUACCAGAACGCAGUCGAUAUUUCAGGACGCCUUUUCGCUCGGCCGGCUCGAUAACAUCUGCCUGGUGAUGGGCUUCCAUCCUCAGUACCUGGACUGCUUCCUGAGGACGCAGCAUUACCUGCUUCAGAUGGACGGACCCUUGUCCCGCCACUACAGGCACUACAUUGGCAUAAUGGCCGCUGCCAGGCAUCAGUGUUCGUACUUGGUCAAUCUGCAUGUGAAUGAUUUCCUGCAGGUUGGUGGGGAUCACAAGUGGCUGAACGGACUAGACGGAGCCCCGCAGAAGCUACGAGCACUGGGAGAACUCAACAAGAUCCUGGCUCACCGGCCAUGGUUGCUCACAAAAAUGCACAUUGAGAAUCUACUGAAGGCCGAGGAGCACAGUUGGUCUUUAGCCGAGCUGAUCCACGCCGUCGUGCUGCUCACACACUACCAUUCUCUUGCUUCGUUCACCUUCGGCUGUGGGAUCACACCAGACAUUCACACUGAAGGAGGACACACUUUCAGACCUCCCUCGCUCAGCAGCUACUGUGCGUGCGACAUCGCAAACGGUAACGGCGCUCUGGAGGACAUGUUGGCAAACCAGCAGGAGAUGGAUGAGUCAGGCGAGGUGGAAGUGCUGAUGGAGAGGAUGAAGCAGCUGCAAGAGUGUCGUGAUGAAGAGGAGGCCAGUCAGGAGGAGAUGGCCACACGCUUUGAGAGGGAGAAGACCGAGAGCAUGCUGGUGGCCACUACAGAAGACGAGGAAUGUGUGCCGUCUCGUGACGUCUCGAGGCACUUUGAGGACCCCAGUUACGGCUACCAAGACUUCUCCAGGAGAGGAGAGCAUGUGCCCACCUUCAGAGUGCAGGACUACAGCUGGGAGGAUCACGGCUUCUCCUUGGUGAACCGGCUGUACCCAGACGUAGGCCAGCUGCUCGACGAGAAGUUCCAGAUCGCGUACAAUCUCACCUACAACACAAUGGCCACACACCAGGAUGUAGACACUUCAAUGCUCCGCAGAGCCAUCUGGAACUACAUCCACUGCAUGUUUGGGAUCAGGUAUGAUGAUUACGAUUAUGGCGAGAUCAACGAGUUGCUGGACCGCAGCUUUAAAGUCUACAUCAAGACGAUGGUGUGCAGCCCAGAGAAGACCACCAAGAGAAUGUACGAGAGUUUCUGGAGGCAGUUUCAGCACUCUGAGAAGGUUCACGUUAAUUUGCUUCUUAUGGAAGCGCGCAUGCAGGCAGAACUUCUCUAUGCUCUAAGAGCUAUCACUCGCUAUAUGACAUGAAGUGCUAUUACCGUUUCUCUUUGUAAUUUCACUGUUGUUGUUGUUGCUUUCGUGGGACACGUCAAUAAAAGUAAAAACAACAAAAAAAAAAAAAAA